ACUGGGGCCUUAGAGAUGGACCGCUGCCUUUCUCAGGUCUGCUCCAAACAACAUUAGGACCUCACAGGGAACAGGUGAGACUAACAGCUGGGACACCUGCCCCCUAGAGGCUGAGGACCCUGGCUGGGAAAGGUGAGUCAGUCCAGUGGGGACAGGGAAUCAGGAUCUGCAGAUCGAGUUCUACUUGCCCCGCCGCCCCACCCCCAACCCCCAUGUCAACUGAAGAAAACCUGGACCCGAUUCCUGACAGCUUCAUCCUGCAGCCGCCCGUCUUUCACCCGGUGGUUCCAUAUGUCACAACAAUUUUUGGUGGCCUACGUGCAGGCAAGAUGGUCAUGCUGCAGGGUGUGGUCCCUCUCCAUGCACGAAGAUUUCAGGUAGACUUCCAGUGUGGCUGCUCCCUCUAUCCCCGGCCAGAUAUUGCCAUCCACUUCAACCCUCGCUUCCACACCAUCAAGCCCCACGUCAUCUGCAAUACCCUCCAAGGUGGACUCUGGCAAAAAGAGGUCCGGUGGCCUGGCCUCGCCCUACAGAGAGGGGCAAGCUUCCUCAUCCUCUUUCUCUUUGAGGAUGAGGAGGUGAAGGUGAGUGUAAAUGGACAGCACUUUCUCCACUACCGAUACCGGCUCCCGCUGUCACGGGUGGACACCCUGGGCAUAUUCGGUGACAUCUUGGUGAAGGCUGUUGGAUUCCUGAAUAUCAACCCAUUUGUGGAGGGCAGCAGAGAGUAUCCAAUUGGAUAUCCGUUUCUGCUGUACAGCCCCAGACUGGAGGUGCCCUGCUCACACACUCUUCCUCGGGGUCUCUGGCCUGGACAAGUCAUCAUAAUUCGGGGCCUGGUCUUGCAAGAGCCAAAGCAUUUCACCCUGAGCCUAAGAGAUGGGGCCACCCAUGUUCCUGUGACACUCAGAGCUUCCUUCACAGACAGAACGCUGGCCUGGGUCUCCUCCUGGGGAUGCAGGAAGUUGAUCUCAGCCCCCUUCCUCUUUUACCCCCAGCGAUUCUUUGAGGUCCUGCUUCUGUGCCAGGAGGGAGGACUGAAGCUGGCGCUCAAUGGGCAGGGGCUGGGGGCCACCAGCCUGGACCAAAAGUCCCUGGAGCGGCUGCGGGAACUCCGGAUCAGCGGAAGUGUCCAUCUCUACUGUGUCCACUACUAAGAGGGUCCCAGGGGGACUCUAGCUGAGAAAAAAAGAGAGAUAGCUAGACCAGGACCCCAGAGGAUGGCCCCACUCUUUUGUCUACAUUAAACCGUAGACCUGUCAACAUCACCUCAGGCCUGGUUCCCAUCCAGGCCACAAGCUUGAGUCUUCAGGGCCAUUUGGCCCAACAUGAGGGAGGUAGGAUAUCAGGUGUGAAAAGUAUUCCAACUGUGCACCUCCCUCCACCAGGAGCCUGAAAUUCAGCUCCAUUGUCCUAGAGUGCACUCAGGAGCGAGACAGAUUUUAUAGCGUAACAAAGACACACCCACACAUACAUACACGGACAGGCAUGUGCAUAUGCACACACACACAAGCACACACACACAAGCACACACACACAAAGAAUUUGGGCAUUUAUUGCAUUUUAAUCUACCAGUUCUGGAGAAAAUAGCCCAGGUCCAUGUAGAAGCGCCUCACCCACCUUGAACACUUAGAGCCUGUCUUACUCAUCACUCCACCACUCCAUAAGCCAUGUGACUGAAACUCUAUCUAGGUCCAGCCACUGAAAAGGCAAAUCUGUCUGAUUUCACAAGCCCCAGGCCUGGGAUGAACACACACCAUCUAUGCUCACACUGCAUCUGCACUGUCACAAGCUUUUAUACCAAUAGGCCUAAUCACAAUCCAGUGAAACCAGAAGUCUAUAAGAAAGAUGGCUGAACAGCAACCCCUAAAGACCAAGGCUUCUGGGAGGGGUCCAGGUCAGAGGAGAGGACAAGGGGGUGUACCAGCCACUGGUGAGCAGCUCUCAAGGUAGAAGGAGAGGGAGGAAGACAGGCUACUCAGCAGAGAGCGAAGCCUAUGUUCUGCUUUACCCUCCUUAUAGUUUUAAAGUAAACCCUAAAAUUUCAUCGAGCAAAUUCUGUAUUUGCCUUCCAAAUUUUCUCAAUUGUUCUUAGCCCUUUAUUCUUCCACAAGAAUUUUUUUUUUUAAGACAAGAGUCUCACUAGG